AUGAUUGAACAACAACAGAUUAGUGGUGUUCCGCUUUCACCGCAAAUAUCUCCAGAUAAGGAAGAUCAACUGUCUCAAGAAUACGAACCAUCAUCACCUUCUGAUACAACUGAUUUUGUAAUUGAGGAAACUUUUGUUGAUACCACAGUAGAGACAGAGACGCAAGAGAAUAAGAAUAUCAACCCUACUAUAGCCCCUCUUGUCAUUGAAGAAACUCCUUUAUCGAAGGAAGUAGCAUUAGAGUGUGUUGUCAAUCCAGCCAACGAACAAGAAGAGGAGAAAGGUGUAAAUAAUAAAUUAACUGAAAAUACUAGUAGUGUUACAGAAGACGAUAUUAAAGAAUCGCCACCUAAUAUCGAAGACGCGACGCUUGAACUUGCAGACAUUUUAAAUAACACUACAAACAUUGAAGUCAAAACCGACUGUCAAAAGACAAAAGAACCAUCUUCGCCUUCGUUAACUUACGUUGCUCUCGACGACAACGACAAACUGGAUUCCUUAUUACAAAUUACCGCACCCUCACAAGCGACAAUGCCCUUAAAUCAUUUGGAAUACGAAGUUAUACAUGCAUCAACUUGGGAUGAUAAUUAUCCGCCACAUCAACUUUUGCCAAAAGACAAAAGUUCACCUGGAGGAGAAAUUAAACAUGGCAAGGGAUGGCAAUCGGCAAGACUUUGUAAAUACCCACAAGAAAUAAUAUUACAAGUGUCAUGUGGAUCAGCCCGAAUUCGAAAAUUGCAGAUAUUAUCACAUCAUUAUAAGAUCGCAACAAAAUUAGAAAUAUAUGUCGGGACUAUACAGCGAAGGAAAGAAAUAGUAGGCGUUAAUACUAAUACUGGAAGUAACAUUGAUGAACAAAAGACAUUAUCUUGGGACAAACUUACAAAGGUUAUUGAAAAUGACGGGUUAGAUCCGGAAGAAGAAUCAUCAUCGUCGUCCGAAGAAAAUGAUUAUGAUAUAAUUCGGCCGAAUAGUGAACCUUAUAUACUAUUUCGACGAUUAGGAUAUUGCGCUCUCGAUAACAACGAGCGAGCUAAUUAUAAAGCUCGAGAAUUAAAAUCAGUUCGCCUUGAUACUGAAGGCGAAUAUAUAAGAUUAGUUGCGCGUCGUUGUUAUGCAAAUCAUUUAAAUCAGUACAAUCAGGUCGGUAUAGUUGGGAUAACCGUUAUGGGAGAACCAGCUGAUCACUUACUUGCAGGUGAAAGUCAAAAAAUCCCUAUCGAGCAUGCUGACGAAGGUCUGUCACGUGUAGCAUCGCCCGAGACAUGUAUCGUCCCAUUCAUCCAAGAUAGGAUGAUUAAUAAUAAUCCAAAUGAUCAAAGUAAUUUCACAUCACUAUAUUCUAUUCUUCCCAACUCAUCAUUAUCAGCGGCGAAUAUUAGCAGUUCCACUACUACCAACCCGUUGCCCAAUGACACCAACAAUGACGCAAAAACGAACAAGUAUAACCCGGUAACCGCCAAUGAUUUCUUGAUAAAUGGCGAGGAAACGGAAAAAUUGUUAGCUGCGUUUGGAAGAGCAAAACAAAACGCGGUUAAAGGCAAGUUUUUUUUUAUUUGGCUUGAAGAUUUUCACUUGGCUAAAGUUUUGAAAGUUUUUUCUGAAAUGAUCAAGAAGGCUGCCAAAGACGUAUGCAACCUCGAAGUAAUGAAAAAGCAGUCCGUUGAAGAUGAAGAUUUUGACAAUGCCGAGAAUUAUAAGCGUGAAGUCGAAUCCAUUAGGUUAGGGAUCCGUAACGCUCUAUCCGAUGAAGGUAUAGAUUUGGAUGAUUCAGGAGAGGUGAUCAGAUAUGAUCCAUCAUUACAAGAUAUUAUCGGAUUAGCUGAAGAAAUUGAGAAUGAUGUCCUAGAAAAUCAACAAACCAACCACGUAACUGGUGUACUUUCUGAGAAUGAACACCAUUUCAAACAAGACCAUUUAUUUGCCACUUCUGCACACAUUCCAAAAAGUCGAACAAACAGCAAUGCGUCAAUAGAUCGUUCUGGUGCACGAGCUCCAGAACCAAUGUUAAGUCGGAGGAGUAGUGAUGCAUCAUUAAACCGAUAUUUAGGAGGUAACAAUUAUAACAAUUACACGUAUGAACAACAGCAAGAACUCACGAGACCUACUACACCUACUCAUUCAACGACCCCUUUGCCUUGGACACCGUUCGUAGAUGAUAAAUCUUUAUUAGAUCCCUCAAAUGCAGUAGCCAUGACACAUCCACCACCACAUGAAUUACCUGAAAAUGAACCCGAACCACUCUCUAAAUUAGCUAGAUCUGCUUUUCAUUUAUCAAUCCCAUUUUAUGGAGAUGAUAUUAUUGCAUGUAUAUUGUCUAGUAAAUAUUUUUUAAGGGAUUCAGCCAUAGCUCAUGUUACGAAGAGGAUCGAUAUCGUUGAUGGUAAUGGUUUGAAUGUUGAUGGUAUCGAUAAACUUUCAUUAGUCAAAGCCACUUAUCAAGUUUUACAAGAGGCCUUAAAUGAUAACAGAGAAGAGUACACAUUACAAGUUUUGACUCUUUGGGAAAAAUUAAUCAAAUUUUGUGUUCACCACCAAAUUCCCAAUAGUUCAACAUGGAAAUCGGUUGAAAAGAGCUAUGAGCUAUUGUUCGGCAAGACAGCAGAUACCAAUGAUCGCGUAAAACGAAGUUCCAUUGAUCUGUUUAUCCUAUUAGCCAAGACUUAUAAGACACCGACUCAAUCAGUUUUAUCAUUAGUCCUUAAGCCUGCAAAGACACCAUCUCAACCGUUGAAACGAGCAAAGCCCACUGUCGAGUUAAUAACUAGAUUGGUUGAAGAAUUUGGGGUUGUCAAAAUUCCAAAAUUAAAAUUUGAUAAAGAUAACAAAUUAAGUCUUGAC